UUAGCGCGGGGUGGACGGAGUAUCGCCUAUGGGAUAGGUAUCGGCAGCCCGCGAGUUGGGCUGCGAUAAGAAGUACGCUGCGUGCGCUUUUUGCUACCCGUUAAAUUUUUCGGCAACCUGUGUCCCACCCGCUGAAGCGUACGCAGCCAACUUCCCUGCCGGCUGCUCCGAGGCCUCUCGGUUUGUACUUUUUAUGUCUCGGUUUGUCUUUUUAUGACCAGCAGAUAGAUGAGGGAUUAAGUCUUCAGAAUGGAUACGUUUUGAAAUUGGAGUUUAAUUUGGUUCAGGGGAGAGCUGUAAACGCUGCCGUGUGUAGGAUCCCCAGAAUGGUUUAUCCCGUCUCAGUGGAUGGCCGCACUAACUCAUUGCGGGGUUCUGGUGUAACGGCAUCGUGGAGCGGGGGGGAAACCCUUGGAGAACUCGGGCUGAGUUGAUGGCAGGAAUCUGCCAUGCAGCCGUGUCAGUGCUGUCUCUGAGUUAUUUUCUUCUUGGUUGGUGAAAUAACAAGGGCCAAGCUGGCUGGAAAGGAGGAAAACAUCUUCAGUUCUAUACCUUGAGCAGCUCAAUUUCCUUCUCCUUGAAGGAACCUUUCUUGCAGCAGUGCAGGUGGCUGCAGGAGGGCUGUCAUCUCCCCAAACCAAAGGCCUGAAGUAGGGAGAUGCAAACCCCCACCUACCAGUGAGCUCCCAGCCCGUGCGGGGCUGGGCUGCGGGAAGCGUGGGACUGCUGGGCCGGGCCCUGCUGGCUGCCCUAGGACAGGCUGAAGGUAGUGUAGUCUUGGAGGAAAUUGCCUUCUGAUUUUUACUUCUUGUUAUGGAGAAAUCCUCAUGAAGCAGUUAUUGCUACACAAAGAGUUGCUAAUUAUUUCUGCCGUGUUUCAUGGCACGUCCCAGCUAGGGGAGUUAGAUAAGCCUUUCUCCCAAGAAACCUUGUGCGAAAGCCCUACAGAGAAAGGUAGCACUCUUGUUAGUUGCUGAACUGAUUUCAGCGCUGAGCAGACCUUUGGGGAAGGAGUAUCAUCUGCUCUCAAAUUCUUGCUGCGGUUUUGUCUGGGCAAUGCUAUUGACUGGAAUAAUUUUCAUCCUGCGCUUCCUGGCUGCUUCUGGCAAAGCCAUGCCCAGCGCAGAGCUUUGGAGCGAAAGAUCUGCAUAUUUCUGCUAGCAGGAGCGUGGUGAAUUCCUCGCGUGGCAUUGGUGUUGUGGGCUGACACGGGGCAGGCAAACACUGGACCUAAGAGUUGUUGGCUUGCGACAAGAUAGGGACAAUUUCAGCUCUAUGAACUUAGAGAUUCUUGUGUUCAGCAGUGAAUAUUUGCCAGGGUUAUCCCUUUGCUCGUGUAUUCCAUGGCUGUUUCCUAUCACUUGGGCACUUCAGGUUAGACCAAGUCCCUUCAGUGCGUCUAAGUAGAGUGUGAUCAAAGUGAAAUAUCCUUUAUAUCUGCUAGGUAUAUGAAUGAAUCUGGGAGAAAAUGAUCUGCAUCUCUGUAGGGAGCUAAUAAAAUUGAUUACAGAAAUCAAUUUUUUUGGUUAAAUAUCUAAUGUCCUAUUCCUUUCUAAAGACCAUUCUAGCCAAAGGUUUGGGAGCAGGGACUCUUUGAUACGUAGGAAUUAAUCUGUUCCUGGUUAACAUGUCAGUGCAUGUCCCAUGGAUGUACAGUAAGACCAUUAGGAAGUUCUUCAUAGCUGCGUUUUAAUCAAAUCUCCUUAAACAAAAGUUUCAAAAGUAAAUUUGCAAAUAAAAUAGUGCAAGCUAUUUUUUUGGGGUGGGCUGGGGAAGUGCUGAGGCCCUUAUUGCAGAUCAGGGUUGCAUGGGAAUGGAAAACGUUUGGUGUCCGAGGAAGCCGCAUUGUGCGCGUUGGGGCCCGAGUUGCGGAGCGUGAAUUUAACACAAACUGCACUUGGCAAGUAAGGAGUAUCAAGGGUGACAUGUCGAGCACAUUUAACCUUCACAAAUCUCAGGCUUUGCAACUCAGAAAGAAAUACAGCUUACAUUGUCAAGAUUUGUGUGUAAAUCUUUAGGAGCCCCGUUUCUAAGUGCCUAUUUCUUGAUAGCUAUACAGAGACAGGAGGUGUAUGAGAUGGUUUUGAGACAAUAUGCGGCCAAAUAGUGGUACUAUGUAAAGGACAUGAACUUCCUAAAUUCUUUUUUUCCCGAGACUUCCCUGUUUACCCAGGUCUAAUCUCUCUACUGUCUGAGGCUGGGGCUUGCACCCUGCUGUACGGGGCUUUCCUUGAGGUGUGAACUGGUCUUGGUCCUUCAGGAUCAAAAUACGAAGUGGCUGUACAAUGUCCUUCCCAUUUUGUCAGGCGAAAGUAGAGCUAUUCCUCAUCUAUAAGCCACAAGGGACAUGAGCCUUAAUGCUAGCAGUCUGUAGGCUCGAUGUAAUGCCAGGGCAAACAGGAAUGUUGCUGAACCCUAGGCUUAGGGGUGCCAUACCCCUGGUGCUUCUCACGAGGGCAGGAGGGAGCAUUGCUGCGGAGCACCUCCUGCUGUUAGUGAG